AUGGCUUUUUUCUUCUUUGUUUCGCCUCUUUUCUCAGCCCUGUCCCGUGAGCCUUAUUUCGUGAUAGGGGGCUUGAUGGCCACAAAACGCCGCAAGGCACAUUUGACACACACGCACUCCGUGUUCUCCUAUUCCGAGCAGGCAGGCAGGCAAGUAGGCAAACCCGUCAUCCAUUCACGGGAUGGAUGGCGUCGCGACUAUCGCCGCCGCAGAAGAAGACGUAGCCGCGUCCUCGCCGCCUCAUUGGACACACGGGGUCCUCCAGACGUUCUUCUUCAGCACAGGGCGGCAGGGAACAUGGGGGCUGCACGGCUGGUGGGCGGCGGCGGCGGCGGCGGCGGAGAAAGACAGCAGAAGCGUGUGUGUGAGAGAGAGACACCACCGCCACCAUAG